CCACCCUCGUGAUCUCUUCUAGCCAAUCGCAGAAUUUCCAGCUGCGUCAUGCUCACUCUUUCUGCGCAGUAGCAGUGAUUCAGCGACUGCCGCGGCCGCUCUCCGCCUCCUCAGCCAAGGCCGGUUCCGCUUCCGACGCCGCCUGCCUCUGAGGGGAAAAGCGAAAGCAAAGAUGGCGACGCUCUCCGUGCUGCAGGCCCCGCAAGCCGCCGCCGCCGCGGGAGGAUUCAGCUUCCACAACUGCGCCCGGAAUGCACAGCUGGAAGCAGAAGGGGCCAAGAAGAGUUUGCACCUCCCUACUGCCCGCAAGACAGGCACCACCAUCGCUGGGGUAGUGUAUAAGGAUGGGGUUGUACUUGGAGCAGACACAAGAGCCACUGAAGGGAUGAUUGUUGCUGACAAGAACUGCUCAAAAAUUCACUUUAUUUCUCCAAACAUUUAUUGUUGUGGUGCUGGAACGGCUGCAGAUACUGAAAUGACAACUCAGUUGAUUUCUUCUAACAUGGAACUCCACUCACUCUCAACUGGACGGCUUCCAAGGGUGGUCACAGCCAACCGGAUGCUCAAGCAGAUGCUUUUCAGGUAUCAAGGUUACAUUGGUGCUGCCUUAGUUCUAGGUGGCGUAGAUGUCACUGGGGCCCAUCUCUACAGCAUCUAUCCGCAUGGAUCUACUGACAAAUUGCCUUACGUCACUAUGGGUUCAGGUUCAUUGGCAGCCAUGGCAGUUUUUGAAGACAAAUUCAAGCCUGAGAUGGAGGAAGAAGAAGCCAAGCAGCUUGUGAGAGAUGCCAUAGCAGCUGGCAUAUACAAUGAUCUGGGCUCUGGCAGCAACAUUGAUCUCUGUGUCCUCAGUAAGAACAAGUUGGACUUCCUCCGUCCUUAUGAUAUGCCCAACAAAAAGGGGGAAAGGCACGGGCGGUAUAGGUGUGAGAGAGGAACUACAGGUGUACUCUCUGAAAAGGUGACACUCCUGGAUCUUGAAGUGACAGAUGAAACAGUGCAAACAAUGGACACGUCUUGAUUGAAAACAUUCAGGGCACUAGAACGGAAUUGAGCUUUGCUUUUGUAUCAAAAUGCCAUUCUGUAUACUGAGAUGAAGGUUCUCUAUGCAGAACAAAUAAAAAUGGAAAUUGA